AUGAGUGACAAAGAAAAGGCUUCAGAAAACACAAAAGAAGCACCUCAAGAUGAGAAGCCUAAUGAUGAACCGGAAGUCUUGAGAUUCCCUCCAGAGGAAGAAGCAGCCCUCCUCAAGGAAUCUGCCGCCAUCAAGGCCGAUGCCAACUCCCUCUUCGCCUCCAAAGACUACCACAACGCCCUCUCUAGAUACGACGACGCCAUCGCCUCGUGCCCCAACUACCUUCACUACGAACGUGCAGUGAUUCAGAGCAACAUUUCUGCGUGCCAUUUGCAAGUCGAACAAUGGACUGAAGCUAUAAAGGCCGCAACAGAUGCCAUUGACAGCUUGACAAAAGUCGAAGGCGAAGAGCAACUUGUGCCAAAAGACGAACUCGAGGACACCAAACCAGAUACCAAAGAUGAAAAGACGAAUGGCAAACUUGAUGGGGAUGAUGAUGUCGAAGAAGAAAUAAUCAGCUCCGGAGCAGAGCGAGCUGCACCCAUGGCUCCCCCCGAACCGACUCCCGAGCAGGCAGCACUAGAGACCCGCAAAGCCGACAUUCUGCGUAUCCGCACAAAAGCCUUACUCCGACGCGCACGCGCCCGUUCUGAAGCCGGAGGCUGGUCCAACCUCGCCGGUGCUGAAGAUGACUAUCGCGCUCUCUCUCAGAUGCCUGGCCUGACGCCCGCGGACCAGCGUACCGUUCGAACACAACUCAAGGUCCUGCCACCGCGAACAAAGGCUGCUCAAGAGGCCGAGAUGUCGGAAAUGUGGGGGAAACUGCGUGGUCUCGGCGAUAGCCUUCUCAAACCUUUUGGCCUGAGCACCAAUAAUUUCCAGAUGGUCAAGGAUGAAAAGACGGGAGGAUAUAGUAUGAAUUUCUCACAAGGCGGGCCAUCAUCAUGA